AUGUCGAUUACAGAUGCUGUGAGUGAUGCCCUAGAGGCACGUCUAUUGGGUGCUUCUGCAAUUGAAACGGGUAUGCAUACUUUGGAUACCGUGCUGUCCCUGCAAUAUAGAUUACAUUAUCACGUAUUAGGCGAUGGACUUUCAAACGACGUGGCUCGAGUAUUGAAAAGUGAAUGUCUUAGAUUGAAAGUCGCAUUAGAUGGGUCGAUUACUAUUGCAGGCGAUCCGGAAGCGUACAGCAUCGUUGAGAAGACUUUGUUGAAUUGUUUAGCUGUGAUCGCUUACCAUCAAGGGGACGCAAAUGCAAUGUCGUUACUUAAACAGGCUACUAAAAUUAAGAAAGGUAAAUCAAAGAGUUAUGCUGAAUUUUGGAAAUUGUUAGAUAUCGAGAAUCUAUACUAUCAAGGUUUAAUAAGUGAAAAUCCGCGGGAAUUAUAUGUAUCUCAAUUAUUAAAAUAUAUUAAAGAAAUUCCACCACUAUCACAAGGUUUGUUACAUAGUUAUCUUACAUUAAUUGCGAGAAAGUUAAAGGGAAGAUCAUUGAAUUCACUAUGUGCUGAAACAAAGAGUGAAUCACCUCUCGUUUGUUACAUGUAUUUCUUAUCUACAACUCAACCUUCAAAGGACGAUGAUACAUAUUUCUUAGCAAUAGCUACUAAAAUUGUCAAUAGCUCAAAAUUCCCAUUAGCAGCUCAGUCAAAUAAUGCCAAUUUAAAUCAAUUACAUGAAUGUUUACAUUUCUAUUUCGAAAUUGAAGGGUUAGAAUUGUCACCUGAAUGGCAUAAUCUUAUCAUCUCUUCUAUUCAACGUACAUUCCAAAGCAAAACUGUUGCGAGAGCUUCAAUGAGUUUGAAUGCCUUUGAUAAAAGUACCGAGAACAAGGAUAUGAUUCGUGAAUGUAUAUUAAGUUUCAACAAUUACCUUAAAUAUAGUGAUAAAGAACUGGAAUUGGCAAGCGAUACUCAAGAUAUUUAUACCGAUCCGAUAGCAAUUAUAGACGCAUUGACAGUAAUUUUACAAAAGACUACAGAUAUGAAUAAUAUUCCAAAUAUCUUUGAUUUCAAACAUACUACUGAAUUAUUACAGAUAAAUCUGAAAAAAUUAUACUCAAUGUAUCAUUUAGGUCUUGUCGAACCUGCUGUUGCGCAAAAAUACUUAUCAAAUGGUACAAGAUUGGUCUUACCUGUGUCCACCUCAUACAUUUUGAUCAAGGCAUGGAGAACUCUGUAUAUCAUUAGAUCUGCAAGUCUCGAUUACUUGAUAGCCAACGAAUUAUCAUCGUAUCUAUGUAAUGCAAUCUCCUUAGCAAUGACAAAUAAUAAUGGUAACGAAAACUCAUUUCUGAGAGAUUUGCAAUUCCAAUAUGCAUAUUGUUUGGCACAACAGAGACAAAUCGAAGCAUGUAUCGAAUACCUAGAGAAUGCUAUCUUGGAGGCUGAUCCUACUUUUUACAAAGCUUGGCAUUUAUUAGCAUUAUGUCGAUCUAUUCAAGAAGACAAAGAAAUUUCAUAUAAAAUCAUAUGUUCUGUAAUGAAUGCGAUGGAUCAAGAAUUUGCUUCCAUACAAUCCAAGAAUAUUACAAAAGAAAACAAAUGGCAAUAUAUUAAUAUCAAGAUUACAGAAAUACAUUUAAUUAAUGAAAUAUUCGGUACCGAGGAGGCUUUAGAAUCCUUACCAGAAUUAUUUACAUCCUAUAAUAAACUGUUUGGAGACUCUCCUAGUAAUGAAGAAGGACCUUUAAGCCGAUCUCCCGAAUAUUUAUUACAAUCGAUAUGGUUGUUAGCCGCACAAUUAUAUAUGAACGAUAAAACACAUUUAGAAGAUGCUAAAGGUGCUAUUAAAGAAGCUAAAGCAGUAUCAAAGGAUUUUAAAAAUGUCAAUAUCCAAAUUACGAAUGGUCAUUUAUUACUUAAAAUUGGUAAAUUUACUGAAUCAUUCCGACAAUUUGAAGAUGCUUUACAUUUUGACGACUUUAACGUUGAUGCCAUUAUUGGAUUCGCAGAAUUUGUAUUCCCUAAUGAAACUACAACCAGUACUUCAGAGCAACAACUUAUAGAUUAUUGUAAAUUAAAAAAUAUUGAAGAUGGUAAUGAGAGAAAUAAAUUUGCUAGCGAUGAUUAUGAAAUGUUCUUUGGGAACGAUGUCAACAAAUCUGCUGCAUUUGCAAGAUUAAAAUUAUUAAUCGAUUGUUCAUUAAUCAAAUCCAUUGACGCUUAUUAUUCUCCAGAGAUAUGGUGGUACUUAUCCUUAAUACACGAGAAAUAUGGAAAUAAAGAAAUUAGUGAUACUUUAUUGAGUUGUAUUCAAAAUAAAGAAACAUGUCCGUUACGCCCAUUUAAGUUCUGUAAUUACUAA